GCCGCCCGCCGCCGCCCCUUUGCGCCGCUCUGAGCCCGCCCUCGCGGCCACCUGGCCCUCCUUCAUCGACGACACACGCACUUGAAACUGGUUCUCAGGGUUGUGUGGCAUCAGCUUUCCGGAAGCAAACCGGCCCACCCGAGGAGGCAGACAGACAGCUAUGUGUAUAUAUGUGGGGCUCCCCGCAAGUGGCUCUGGAACUGGACGGCUCUGGCCCGCGGAGAAGAAGCUGACUUCGGAGGAGGGAACUCGCUUCUCUGUGUAGGAGGGGUUCGCCUGGCUCCACGCACCCGGGAGGAGCGCCGCCGGCCAGAUUAAUGAGACAUUGCUAUGGGAGACCUGUAAACACGCUCUCGCUGCUCAUCCCUGAUGCCUGUAUAGAACUAUUUCAUUUUUGGGUAUUAUUUCAGAGGAAGCGCCUCUGAUUUUUUUUUUUUUUUUUUUUCCCUCCUUUUUGGUCCCUUUCUGCCUGUGUGGUUUGGCAAAAGCGCAGUUGGAGUAGCUGAUUCCUAACUAAUCGCAGGUCCCGACAGCCCAGCCGAGAGGAGACGAUGCUGCGGAGGCUGGUACAGCAGUGGAGCGUCGUCGCGGUGUUCCUGCUGAGCUAUUCGGUGCCCUCCUGCGGGCGCUCAGUGGAGGAGCUCGGCCGCCGGCUCAAAAGAGCCGUGUCUGAACAUCAGCUCCUCCAUGACAAGGGGAAGUCCAUCCAAGACUUACGACGACGAUUCUUCCUUCACAACCUGAUUGCAGAGAUCCACACAGCUGAAAUCAGAACUACCUCGGAGGUUUCCCCCAACUCCAAGCCUGCCCCCAACACAAAGAACCAUCCUGUCCGAUUUGGGUCUGACGAUGAGGGCAGAUACCUGACUCAGGAAACCAACAAGGUGGAAACGUACAAAGAGCAGCCCCUGAAGACAACCGGCAAGAAGAAGAAAGGCAAGCCUGGGAAACGCAAGGAGCAGGAAAAGAAGAAGCGGCGGACUCGAUCGGCCUGGCUAAGUGCCGGCGUGGCUGGCAGUGGGCUGGAAGGGGACCACCUGUCUGACAUCUCCGGGACUUCGCUGGAGCUCACUUUCCGGAGGCAUUGAAACUUUUGUAAAGACCUUCAGAAGACAUAUUGCAGCAUUCUGUAAUAAUGAACAUAUGGAAAGUAUUAGAAAUAUUUAUUGUCUGUAAAUACUGUAAAUGCAUUGGAAUAAAACUGUCUCCCUCAUUGCUCUAUGAAACUGCACAUUGGUCAUUGUGAAUAUUUUUUCCAAGGCUAAUCCAAUUGUUAUUAUCACAUUUACCAUAAUUUAUUUUGUCAACUGAUGUAUUUAUUUUGUAAAUGUAUCUUGGUGCUGCUGAAUUUCUAUAUUUUUUGUAACAUAAUGCACUUUAGAUAUACAUAUCAAGUAUGUUGAUAAAUGACACAAUAAAGUGUCUCUAUUUUGUGGUUGAUCUUCAUGAAUUCCUAAAUAUAAUUAUCCAAACUGAUUUUCCUCUGUGCAUGUAAAAAUAGCAGUAUUUUAAAUUUGUAAAGAAUGUCUAAUAAAAUAUAAUCUAAAUUACA